GAGUAUAUACAUAAGUCACUGCGAUAUACUAAGUGCCCCACCACUCAGUGAGUGACUCCCUACGUCCACCCAUCGUUCACCGUCUAUCCUAGUACUGCCGUUUCCUUCUCUCAUCAUAUAUCCGACGAUUCGCCAUGGAUGAGGAAUACGAUGUCAUCGUGCUGGGGACGGGUUUGACGGAAUGCAUCCUUUCGGGUCUACUGUCUGUCGACGGCAAGAAAGUCCUUCACAUGGACAGAAACGAUUACUACGGCGGUGACAGCGCAAGCUUGAACCUGACUCAACUCUAUCGCAAGUUCAGGCCUAACCAGACACCGCCUGCAGACCUUGGCAGAGAUCGUGAUUACGCUGUCGAUCUCAUUCCAAAAUUCAUAAUCGCAUCCGGGGAGCUCACUAAGAUCCUCGUGCAUACGGACGUGACGCGCUACUUGGAAUUCAAACAAAUUGCAGGUAGCUUCGUGUACAGAGACGGGAGGAUCUCCAAAGUACCAAGUACAGAAUUGGAAGCCGUAAAGAGUCCCCUGAUGGGACUGUUUGAGAAACGUCGGGCCAAGAAGUUCUUCGAGUUCCUCCAAGGUUGGAGGGACGAAGAUCCGGUGACUCAUCAAGGCAUCAACCUGGACACCGACAGCAUGAAGGCUGUAUACGAGAAAUUCGGCCUCGAGCCCGGUACGCAAGACUUCAUCGGUCAUGCCAUGGCCUUGUACCUCGACGACGAUUACAUUGACAAGCCCGCUCGCCCAACUUACGAUCGUAUUGUGUUAUACACUUCUUCCAUGGCUCGCUACGGCAAAUCGCCAUACAUCUAUCCAUUGUACGGCCUCGGAGAGCUUCCCCAGUCCUUUGCCCGUCUCUCCGCCAUUUACGGAGGGACGUACAUGCUCGACAAGAAAAUCGACGAGAUUAUCACUGAUGCGGACGGCAAAUUUGUCGGUGUACGCAGUGGCACUGAGACCGUCAAAGCCAAGCAAGUUAUUGGUGAUCCAAGCUAUUUCGGUGCUGGCGCGGAAGUCGGUGACGGCGGCAGGCUACGAGUAAUCGAGGAGAAAAGGGUGAUCCGAGCCAUCUGCAUCCUCAAGCACCCUAUUCCUGGUACAGACGGUAGCGAUAGCGUACAGAUCGUCAUCCCUCAGAACCAGGUCAACAGGCGGAACGACAUUUACAUUGCGAUGGUCUCGUCGACUCAUAAUGUCUGUGCAAAGGAUGUCUAUGUUGCGAUCGUCAGCACCAUCGUCGAGACCUCAAAACCGGAGCUAGAAAUUCAGCCUGGUCUUCAGCUCCUGGGUUCCAUCUACGAGAAAUUUGUCACUGUCAGCCCUCUCUACAUGCCGUUGUCCACUGGCGAAGCCGACAAUAUCUUCAUCACUCGUUCUUAUGACGCAACGUCGCACUUCGAGACCGUCGUUGACGAUGUUAAAGAUGUCUGGGGGCGUGUAACAGGCAAGGAUCUCGUCCUAAAGCAGCGUAAUCCAGAAGAAGCAGAGCAGCAGGAGUAGAGUACGGAGGUUAUUAUACUCGACCACGUCGUCUCUUAGGUUUCUGUGGAU